AUGGGGGCGGAGGUGGGCGUGGAGGCCCGCCAAGCGGCGCUGGAGGCCUUCGCCGCGCGCCGCGCCAGGGCCUUCCUGCAGGAGCGCACCCUGCGCCUGGACCUCACGCCCUGGCUCAAGAGCCUGGCGGAGCGCGCGCGCGCCCUCGUCGCCCACAUCCCGCCCGAGGUGCGACAGCAGGUCGUCGACUUCGCCGCCGCCGAAGCUCGCGGGCGGCGCAAGAAGCUGCGCCAGAUGAUGCCGCUGCUGCUGGUGGGCGGCAUGAAGAUGGUGGGCGUGGCGACGCUCAUGUACCUGAGCAUCGGCUUCCUGGCCAAGAAGGCCUUCCUGCUGUCGCUGCUCUCGCUGCUCAUCUCGGGCUUCAUCGCGGUGAAGAAGGUGCUGCAGCAGCCGCACCCGCACCACUACGAGGCGUACCCGGUGCACGGCGGCGGGUGGGCCGGCGGCGGCGGCGGCGGCGGAGGCACUUUCGACAUCUCGGGCUACUCGGGCGCUCACGCCGAGUACACCGCGCACUCGGCCCCGGUGGGCCACGCCGUCGCCUACAGCGCGCACAAGCCCGGCGCGCGGUGA